CACAGAGCCAGCUGAGUGGAUGGAGACUGUCUCAAAGAACAGGGGUACUUUAGCUUAACAAUUUUCCACUGUUGCUGAAGCUCCUCGCUUGAGUGUGUAUCAGGUAUUUUAACCUGCUAAAGGCAAGAAGAAGGGUUCAUCACAUAGUUCCAAAGGUCUUCAACUUGCCACAGCCCCAAAGAAAGCAAAAUGAUCGAACCUUUUGGGAAUCAGUACAUUGUGGCCAGGCCGGUAUAUUCUGCAAAUGAUUUUGGUGAAGAACAUAAGAAGAUAAAGAGACAUCAUAAGACAUUUCUGGAUCAUCUCAAACUGUGUUGUAGCUGUUCCAUACAAAAGGCCAAGGGAAUUGCCCUCUCUUUGUUCCCCAUAGCAUCUUGGUUACCUGCAUAUCGGCCAAAGGAAUGGAUCCUCAGUGACAUUGUUUCUGGUAUCAGUACAGGGCUGGUGUCUGUACUACAAGGGUUGGCAUUUGCUCUGCUGGUCAACAUUUCUCCAGCCUAUGGGUUGUACGCAGCCUUCUUCCCGUGCAUAGUCUACCUCUUCCUGGGGACUUCCAGACACAUAUCUGUGGGUCCGUUUCCAAUUCUGAGUACAAUGUUGGGAGCAGUGGUUUCGAGAUUAGUCAUAAGUACUGAAGGAACUGCUUCAGGAUUGGCGAAUAGUUCAGCGAGUAACAUUUCAUUACCAUCGGAGGAGCAGAAGGUGUUGGUGGCUGCAACAGUCUCCGUGCUUGCUGGAAUUAUCCAGUUGCUCAUGGGGGUUCUGCGGAUUGGAUUUGUAGUGGUAUACUUAUCUGAGUCCCUGAUCAGUGGCUUCACCACGGCUGCUGCCAUUCAUGUUCUGGUUUCCCAACUCAAAUUCAUUCUCCAGCUUCAAGUCCCACCACACACUGAUCCAUUUUCAAUUUUCAAAGUCCUGGAGUCCGUAUUCACACAAAUAGAGAAGACUAAUAUUGCAGACCUUGUGUCAUCCCUGAUUAUCCUGGUGAUCGUAUUUGUGUUUAAAGAAAUAAAUCAGCGCUUCAAAAGCAAACUUCCUGUGCCCAUCCCAGUUGAAUUCAUCAUGACUGUGAUUGCAACAGGUGUAUCCUAUGGCUUUGACUUCCAAAACAGGUUCAACGUGUCUGUGGUCGGGAAGAUGCAAAGUGGAUUUCAGCCACCGAUUACACCCGACGCGGCAACUUUCCAAGAAACCAUAGGGGACAGCUUCGGCAUUGCCAUCGUGGCUUUUGCAGUGGCCUUCUCGGUCGCCAGUGUCUAUUCCCUCAAACACGACUAUCAGCUUGAUGGCAGUCAGGAGUUAAUAGCCUUGGGAUUGGGUAACAUAGUUGGUGGAGCAUUCAGAGGAUUUGCAGGGAGUACCGCCCUCUCCAGAUCAGCGAUUCAGGAGAGCACAGGAGGCAAAACGCAGAUUGCUGGGCUUAUCUCCGCUAUCGUUGUGCUGAUCUUCAUUGUGGGCACUGGUUUUCUUCUGGAGCCGCUGCAAAAGUCUGUCCUGGCAGCUUUAGCACUUGGAAACUUAAAGGGAAUGCUGAUGCAGUUUUCUGAAAUAGGCAGAUUGUGGAAAAAGGAUAAAUAUGAUUGUUUAAUUUGGAUCGUGACCUUCAUCUUGACCAUCAUCCUGGGACUUGGACUAGGUCUGGGAGCUAGCGUGGCAUUUCAGCUGCUAACCAUUGUGUUCAGGACCCAGUUUCCAAAAUGCAGCACACUGGCUAACGUUGGAAGGAGCAACAUCUAUAAGAAUAAAAAAGAUUAUUUAGAUAUGUACGAGCCAGAAGGAGUGAAAAUUUUCAGAUGCCCAUCUCCUAUCUACUUUGCCAACAUUGGUUUCUUUAGGCAGAAACUUAUCGAUGCUGUCGGCUUUAGUCCACUUCGAAUUCUACGCAAGCGCAACAAGGCUUUGAAGAAAAUCCGAAAACUGCAGAAGCAAGGCCUGCUGCAAGUGACACCAAAAGGAGUUAUAUGCACUGCUUAUGCUGUAAAAGAUUCUGAUGAAGAGCUGGACAACAACGAGGUGGAAGAACUGGAUCAGCCCAUCAAUACCACAGACCUGCCCUUCGAGAUUGACUGGAAUGCCCACCUUCCUUUCAACAUCGCAGUCCCCAGAAUCAGCAUCCACAGCCUUAUUCUCGACUUUUCAGCAGUGUCCUUUCUGGACACUUCUUCAAUGAGGGGUCUCAAAAAGAUACUGCAAGAAUUUCUCAGGAUCAAGGUGGAUGUGUAUAUCGUUGGAACUGAUGAUGAUUUCAUUGAGAAGCUUACUCGGUGUGAAUUUUUCGAUGAUGAAGUCAAGAGCUCAAUAUUUUUCUUAACCAUCCAUGACGCUAUUUUGCAUAUUUUGAUGAAGAAAGAUUAUAGUACUUCAAAGUUUUAUUCCUAUCAGGAAAAAGACACGAAAGUUGAUUUUACCAUCAACACAAAUGGAGGAUUACGUAAACGGGAGUGUCAGGUACCGAUUGAAACAAAAUUCUAAUCAAAACACAAUUCAGAGGGAUCCUCGCCUAUCACAACUUUAUACUCAAAAAGUUUUAAGUUCAUACAUUGUAUGAAGACUAUUUUUAUUUGACAGAAUUAUGUUUCAAACUUUGGAACGAGAUUGUUCUAGCAUGGUAUAUUUUUCACAUCCAGUAUGAAAUUAUGUAAAUAUUCUUAAUUUUGUAUCUUGUAGAUUUAUCAAAGGAGAGAUUGUUUAUAUGUAUUUUUGUAGCACUGACAAAUUUCCAUCCAAGUCACUGCCUUCAUGCACAUGUUUUGCCGUGUACUGACAGCACUGUUUUGAAUCUCAUAAUUUAUACAGGUCAUACUAAUUUAUCUCCGUUUUUUAAAAUUCAGUUGUACAGUAGAAGUGUCGUUUUGUUUAAUUUCUUAGCUUUCUGAAGCAUAUUUGCUGCAGGUCCCUCUUUAAAGUGGUCUGGCUGAAAACCUGCUAGAUGAGGAUUUUGUAACAAAACCCCUAUAAUAGGGCUUCUUUACCCAGAUUUUAUGAUUACCAACCCAGCUUUUUAAAGCAUCCCACUUCCUAUCCAGAUUUAAACACAAUCUGUCUUAUGUAAUACCUGUAACUAUACAGAUUUAGAAUGAAGAGUGCAUGAGUUCAUGGGAGCUAUACAAUGACACAGCACAGGAGGUGAAAAGUCAAGACAAAACAUGCUGGGGAGAUGCUUCUUCCUGGUCUCACUGGGAGGGAAGAAAACAGAGGGUAGAAAAAGGUAUAACUCUUCUUUUGUCACUGUCUUGUGACUCACGGGCAGAAUAACAGCUCCAGAGUUCAAUUUAGCUAAAGAAUGAGAUUCAGCACCCUGCUUCUUCCCUUUCUCGUUAACAUUGUUCUUAAAAAAAUUUGUAUUUAUUCAUGUAAUAGAAAUUAAACAUCAGCACCAACAGAAAAA